AACCCCGUGCAGGAAUUUGUAGAUUUCGUAACGCGGCCGACGAAAUAUUUUAAACAAAUAAUUUGCAUCGCGCAUAACGUGAAGUCAUUCGACGCGCAAUUUAUUUUGAAAUAUAUCGUGGAAAACCAUGUCUUAGAGCCUCGAGUCAUUUUAAACACUACGAAAAUAGUUGUAUUAACGCUAGGUCAUACGAAAUUUAUCGAUAGUAUCAAUUACAUGCCGAUGUAUUUAUUCGAAUUACCCAAAGCUUUUGGACCAGCAGAAGGUACGAAUAAAGGCAUUCUUCCACAUUUAUUCAAUACUAUCGAUAAUCAGUUUUAUGUCGGAGCGUUACCCGGUGUUCAAUAUUAUUCACCCGAUUCUAUGCAGAUGAAAGAACGCGAAAAAUUUCUCGCGUGGCACUCCGAGAUGACGCGCGCGAACUUUGUGUUUGAUUUUCAACGUGAAAUAUUGCUUUAUUGUCGUAACGAUGUAGAUAUCCUUAGACGAGCGUGUAUGGCUUUUAGAAAAAUAUUUUUAGAGCGUGGAAACGUGUGUCCAUUUGAGGAAUGCACAGCCAUUGCUUCAACGUGUAUGCGAGUAUUUAGAAAAAACUUUUUACGCGAAAGAGAGAUCGGUAUCAUUCCAACGGGGGAAUACAGACAUGCGAAUAUUCACUCGCGUAAAGCCCUGCAAUGGUUGAUAUGGAAAGAGCGGGAGCUGGGUCGUCAUAUUAUCCAUGGCGGUCGCGCUCGAGAAUAUCGAUUACGCGAUGGUACGCUAGUCGAUGGAUACUACGAGUCGGUAGAAAAUAACGUAACGCAAUAUUACGCAUUACAGUUUCACGGUUGUUUUUGGCAUGGUUGUCCAAGAUGUUUUCGGGUAAAUCGCGAUAGACUGCUUUCGACGGAUCGUACAGAUACGUGUGAUUCACGUUACGAGCACACCGUUGUAACGACAUUUCGCCUUCGAAAGCGCGGAUAUAGGGUGAUUGAGAAAUGGGAAUGCGACUUUGAUUGCGAGAUGAAUGAAAAUGUCGAGAUGCGCGAAUAUCUACAUCGACAUCAAAUGAUAGACACCAAACCGCUCGAUCCCCGAGACUCAUUUUACGGCGGACGCGCAGGAAAUAUCGUAACGCGAUACGAGAUCACGGGUACGGAAAAAAUACGUUACGUGGAUGUAUGUUCUCUGUAUCCGUUUGUUUUGAAGACUGGUGAUUUUUUGAUUGGUCACCCGACAAUAUACGUAGGUGAGGAAUGCGAGGAGUUAAUCGAAUUAUUACCGGGUUAUAAUUUUGAUUUAGUCGAGGGGGUCGUGCAAUGUAAAGUACUUCCUCCCCGCGAUCUCUUUUAUCUUGUAUUACCCUAUCGCGUGCAGGGCAAAUUAUUAUUUGCG